GCACUGCAAGCCUAUUCCAACGGAGAUGCGGCUGUCAAGUCAAAAGAGUUCUUGCAAGUCGGAUUUCCCUUGCCUUCCGUUCUUUUCGAUCCAACCAAAUGUCAUGAACCUGCCGUCGCCAGCACCGUCGCCCUCGUCGAAAACCAAGGAUUUGGACCCAGGAUCUAACAGUCGAAAGAGACAACGCUCAGAAUCUUCACAAUCAACCACGUCUUCUGUAAAGAGAUCUGCAUCUGAGGGGCCUGCAUCGACACCUAUUCGUACUACCACGGACGACACAACUCAUACAGCCUGCGUAUCCGAUUCCGACAUCGACUCGUACAUGAUGGUGCAGGGCGAGGAUGAUGUCUGCGCUAUGACUCUCCUUGGUCCUGCCCAGCCGGUCGCCCCGGUUAAUUUGACCCCGUCAGAGAAGUUUGAGUACAUCAAACGUUUUCGCUGCAAGUCAAUGCAAGUAGGAGAGACGUGGUUCCUCGUAUCGCGCCAGUGGUACAGGCGAUGGGAGUUCGCAUGCCAGGGCACCAUGGACAAGAGUGGUACCGUUGAGGAAAAGGACAUUGGACCGGUGGACAACACGCCGCUAGUUGAUCAGGACGGAAACCUCACCUCCGACUUGACCGAGGGUGUAAACGUCGAGUUCCUCCCAGAAGACGCUUGGAAUGCAUUCACAGCUUGGUAUGGUACCCCAACCCACGCACUCCCUCGAUCUGUAAUUUCAAGGGGACAGUUUGGGCAGCCAAGUUUGGAACUUCGUCCUCCCCGUCUCAGAGUGCUGUACCUCGCGGAAACCAAAUCCGACCAGACCGAUCGUCCACCGGAAUACGUCACCCUCUCUACUAAAGAUACUGUAGCGCAACUUAGCAGACAGCUGGUGGCCAGGCUUUCUGCGCGCUCCGACAUUCCUUACAGAAUUUGGAAGAUACAACCAGGGGAGUAUGAAGGAGUGCAGUUUCCAGCAGAAAAACUCUUGCCGUCGGGAGCGGAACUCCUGGAGAUCAGUAAUAAAACCCUCGAGGAGUCAUUGAUUGAAUUCCACGAUCCCUUCGUCGUGGAGUUCCAGAAGGACGGGAAAUGGAUCUCGGAUCAGUUGACCUCCGCUGCACAGCCUGCAGUCUCCGAACCCGCACCCCUGUUCUGUCAGGGAGAUGAUUUCUUUAGUCGUCUCGCCAGUACUUCUCAACAACCCGCUCAGCAACGACAGACACCACCGCCCACCACUGUCACCGCCAACACAUCGUUUUCCAAAUCGAAGGACACCCAGAUCACUCCUUUCCGCCCUCGUGUGUUUUCUAAAACUAAGGUUGUGCAAGAGCCAGGAACUCUCGGGCUUGCUAAUAUGGGCAAUACCUGUUUUAUGAACUCGGCCCUUCAGUGUCUAGCACAUACUGAACAAUUGGCAAACUACUUCCUUUCUGGUGUGUAUCAAAGUGAACUUAACCCUGAAAAUCCCCUUGGAAUGCAGGGUGCGAUUGCUGAGGCCUUUGGAUCGCUCCUUCAUCGCAUCUGGGCGAAAGACCUUUCAGCAACAACUUAUUCCCCUCGAGAGUUCAAACUGCAACUACAGCGCUUCGCGCCACAAUUCUCUGGCUACCAACAGCACGAUUCCCAGGAACUUGUCGCCUUUUUACUAGAUGGCUUGCAUGAAGAUCUCAACCGGGUGCGCAAGAAACCGUACGUUGAGAAGCCAGAUUGGGAAGGUGGCGGAGACCUUGAACUCGCUCAGCUAGCACAGCAAUCAUGGCAAGGUUAUAUGCGACGAAAUGACAGUGUAAUUGUCGAUCUCUUUCAAGGCCAGUACCAAAGUACUCUUGUGUGCCCCGAGUGUCACAAGGUUUCCAUAACGUUUGAUCCGUUCAUGUACCUUACCCUUCCGAUCCCGAUUGAGAGGAAGUGGUCGCACACCAUACGUUAUGUACCGUGGGACCCCUCGAAACCUCAUGUCGAAGUGCCUGUAGAAAUUGUCCGAGGUGCAACGUUCAAGGAUCUCCGCUUACUACUUGGACGUUGGAUGGGCGUACCUGCAGAGAAUCUUCUUACAAUGGAAGUCUUUGGGCACCGCUUCUACAAGAACCUCGACGAUACCGUCCAAUGUGACGAUAUGUCCGAAAACGAUGUAAUCUUCUGCUACGAGUUGCCGUGCAAUGCUCGCCAAAGCCGUUCUUAUAAAGCAAAGAACGAUGAUCCUUUCAUCGUCCCGGUAUUCCUGAGCGACUUGCACGCGCGACCAAUGACCUAUGGAUAUCGCAGUCAUGCAGCGUUCGGGCAUCCUUUCUUCGCCGUUAUCGACCGGGAAGAUGCGCGCACCGUUGACGGAAUAUACAGCGCGGUUGUCGACUACCUGCAGCGAUGGUCUCAUAAUGCCCGUGAUCUGUAUGUCUGGGAGGAAGGGCAGGCUACCCUUGUCGAUUCAGCGCCUAUAAUUGUACCACCAAUCGAUUCUCUCACCGAGAUUAAAGUGAACGGCGAUGCCACGGAAGGGAUGCUUAUCGAGGACGACAUUACGGAUGCUUUUGGAGAGCAGGACGCACCCCCCGAGGGCUCUGUUGAUAUUGUCCUCCGGAAGGUCGGGGUGAAGACGACUUUCGACCUACGCUUUCAAUCUGGCCAGAAAGACUACACUGCUAGUUUCGGCUCGUAUAACUCCCAGCGUUUGGAAACAUGGGACGAUCGUAUCGAGCAGAUGGGAGAAGAUGUACCACUACUCAAAGAGUGGGAUGCACUCUACUGCGACUUUGACAGAAAUAUGAAAACGUACUUCUUCGGCGACGAAAUUUCGCAUUGGGAGCACUCCACUUGGGAGGCGUGGGAUAAAUUCAUUCACCCCGAGUACGCAGAAGCGAAGCGGGCUUCGUUAAACAAGAACUCGAGGGUUAUUUCCAUCGACGACUGCUUGGAAGAAUUUACGAAGGAGGAAAAGUUAGGCGAAGAUGAUUUGUGGUACUGCCCUCGUUGCAAGAAGCAUCAACAAGCGACGAAGAAAUUCGAUCUUUGGAAAGUUCCGGACAUCCUCGCCGUUCACCUCAAGCGGUUCAGUAAUAGUCGUGCGCUUAGAGACAAAAUCGACGCUUUCGUGGACUUCCCGAUUGAAGGGUUCGACCUUACCCGUCUAGUUGGUGAACGCGAGGUUGGAAAGAGGCUGAAUGAGAGCGGUGCUAACCUCCAAGAGCUUGGUAUCCAUGAUUUGGAUGAACCACUUAUCUACGAUCUCUAUGCCGUCGAUGAGCAUUUGGGUGGAUUGGGUGGAGGGCAUUAUCGUGCUUGUGCCUUCAACCACGUCAUUGGACAAUGGUAUCACUUCGACGAUUCGUACGUGACACGAACCGAACCGAUGCACGCAGUUAACGCCAACGCGUACCUGUUGUUCUACAAACGCCGCAGCAAUCGGCCAUUGGGUGGUAAAACCCUACAGAAAAUAGAAGAGGCCGCGCAGGGAUCGAUUGAGGAUGAUGAUAUUACUCCUGCUGAGCAGCAUCAGCUUCCAACCCCUCCCGAGGAAACCUCUCCGCCUGCUUUUGUGACAGCGCAAAGCGGGUUCUGCGCCCCGCGUUCGCCUGGAAAAGCAACACCAGGAUCAUCCUCACCCCUCGACGACCUGCCUACUUUUGAUGAAUCUCAGAGCGACCCGCUGAUCCAAGACUCGCUUCUCCUGGAUACAGGUGGCUUGCAUGCUUCAGAACUCGAAUGGAGUCGUAUACCGUCACCUACAUCAUCCGCGGCAACAGAAGGUGACGAUGACUAUCAAAAACUCUCAAGCCCAGACGAGUCAUUAAACAGAGGCUGGGAUGACAAUUCCCCCGCCUCCGCCGUCACCUCAGAUCUGUCGCCCAGCCUCCGGCCAAUGGAUGGAUAGCUACCGCGGACUUUGAGAUACCAGGACAUUAGAAAGCAGCGCUGUAAUCUACUUGCACGAUCGCCAGUUUAAUGUACUCCCUAGUAGAUGCCUCAGCAUGGGCAUGCGUGCCCCAUGUAGUAGUUACUGGGUUCAACUUUCUGUUCGUACACGUUUAUUACUAUAGCUAGUGCGUUCCCGGUGUGCGCGUGAAAACGCCA